AUGGACGCCUUCGCCCCAACCGAGUACACCUACUGGUGGGCGCCGCUCCCCACCAUGCGCGCCUGGAACGAGCAGCGCAUCCGCCGCCGCUUCGCCGAUUCUGGUACGCAGCAGUUCAAGGUCGUCGACGACGCCUCGGGCGACGUUGUCGCGUGGGCUAAGUGGGACCCGCCGGCUGAGAUGACGGGGUUGCGGAUGGGGUUUGUGGUUUAUGAUGAGGAGGGGAGGGCUGUUGGGCCGCCGGAGGGUGGUGGUGUUGUCGUGGGCGGAGGAGGAGGAGAAGAAGGUGGUGGUGAUGGCGGGAAUGCAGAGGAAGGGAAGGGAGAGAAGGGAGGGGAGAUAGGGGAGGAAGAAAAGCCACAGACUACGCUGGAUGCGCCCGAGGGUGCUGACGUGAAGCUGUUUCGGGAGUUCUUCGAUGGGAUCACGCGGAUGGUGAAGAAAUGGGGUGCUAGUGAGAGGCUAGUCCUCACCCACCUUUGCACGAGCCCAGCAUACCACGGCCGCGGCAUCGGCUCGGCCCUACUAGAGAGCGUGCUGGAGCUGGCGGACGCCGAGGGCAUACCGGCGUACGUGGAGUCCCUUCGGCUGGCCGCGCCACUGUACAAGCGGCAUGGGUUUGUCCUCGUGGACAGGUUUGAGCACCGGUAUGACCUGAGCAAGGCGGGUCAAGACGAGACGGCUGUGAUAGACGUCUUGCUGCGGGAUCCUCGAAAAUCUGGGUAA